AUGGGCAAAUGGGUGCAAGGAUUCCCUAAGCAACAUGUUCAUUUUGUCAACGACAACACCUUUUGCUACCCUAGUGGGAAUUACGUAAUAUUUAUUGAUAUUGAAACCAAGAAAAAAACUGUACUGCAGUGUAUUAAUGGAAUUGUGGGUGUUGUGGCAACUAACAUUCCCUAUGAAGUUGUGGCUUUUUCUGACCGGAAGCUAAAACCCCUCAUCCACAUAUACAACUUUCCUGGAUUGACCAGAAGGACCAAAUUAAAAGGUAUCCUCCUAGAAGAUGGGUCAUUUCUUGAUGAAACAGACAUAAUCUUCCCCCAGUCCGUGCCCAAAGAUCCCAUCUACGGACCCGUGCUGCCGCUGUCAGCCAUCGCUGGGCUAGUAGGUGAAGAGGCAGAAACUUUCAGGCCGAAAGACGACGUGUAUCCUUUCCUUCACCCAACUAUGCAUUGCUGGACUCCAACAAGUGAUCUGUAUGUUGGCUGUGAAGAGGGUCAUCUUUUAAUGAUUCAUGGAGAUACUUUGAAGGCAACCGUGCUUAAUAAGAUAGAGGAGGAAUUACCAUUGGACGGAAGAAAUCUUAUCAGUCCAGUCACCUUGGUAUAUCAGAAGGAGGGAGUGUUUGCUUCUGGAAUUGAUGGCUUUGUGUAUUCUUUUAUUAUUAAAGAUUCAAGUUACAAAGUAGAGGAUUUUCUUGAGAUUGAAAGGCCUGUUGAACAUUUGAUGUUUUCUCCCAAUUACAGAAUGUUGCUGAUUCAAACAGACAAGGGAUCUGUUUAUAUCUACACUUUUGGUGAGGAGCCAACAUUAGAUAAAGUCCUAGAUGCUUGUGAUGGGAAAUUCCUGGCAAUUGACUUUGUCACUCCUGGAACCAAACACUUCAUGACACUCACACAUUCAGGGGAAGUUUGUGUUUGGUGGAUGGAAGAUUGCGCUUGUGUAAGCAAGAUUUAUCUGAAUACCCCAGCCACGGUUCUCGCUUGCUCUCCCUCUUCCUUCUGCGCUGCCGUGGGCACCGUGGGAGGCUCUGUCCACUUCAUCAACAUCCAGGAUCUGGAAUCCCCCCAGGUACUUGGCAAGGCCUUUCUCUCCGAAUCAUCCGUGCAGCACCUCGUUUAUGACCAGAGAGGAAUAUUUCUGUUGGUUGGAACAUCAGAAGGAAAGGUCUUUGUAAUCAAUGCCAAGCCCUCAAGCUCAUUUCAGAUUAUUGGAUUCACAGAGGUGGGCAAAGACAUUUUGCAAAUAUCCACAGUGUCCCUUCUGGAAACAGAUAUUGUGGAAGUGCUGGUGCUUUCCCCACUUCCAGAAACAGGAAGAAGCAGGCUGGAAAUGUUCACUCUGCCUAUGCUACUACCACAAGUUUCUGCAACCUUCUCUGAUGAAAGAGGGAGGCUGAGAGAUGAAUUCAUUCAUAAGUACCUGUAUGAGGUGGACCACGCUCUGUCCUCUGCCGUCUUGGACUUUCAAAGUAACAAAAUAUAUGGCUUCUGUAAUCAAGUGCCGUACAUCUGUAGCUAUCCUAUUCCUGAAGAAUAUCUACCCCCAUUCCUCUCCAAAUGCUUCAGUCAAAGCCUUUCUCUCCACAGUAGCCGGCGUUUUGGAGGAAACUUAGCCACUGAAAUUUUUGACUAUUCCCAGAGACUAUUAACUUUUCUGAUCAGUACCAUGGAAGAGGAGAAUGAUCAUUUAAGUACAACAUCAGAAGUUUCCUUAGACUUGGGAUCCGAAACUGAACACACACGCCAGAAGUCUAGCAUUGACUCAUCACAAGAGGAAUUAGUCUCAACUGAUGUUAUAAAGGAAAUUCCCUGGAUACAACAAAAAAGCCAAGAGGCCAUCAAAAAGGAAGUUAAUCUGUUUUCAGAGAAAAGGAAAGAGAUAAAAAGAGGAAUCAAAGCACUUGCUAAAACUGUUCUGAAGAUGAUGGAAGAAAAUGAAACAGUAGAUAAUAUUGCAAAAUUAGACCAACGUGAAUUUGGCCUGGAUCUUGAGGAAUUGGAAAGGCUUCAUGAUGAAAGUGAGGAAGAAGUGGCAAAGAUGAGAAAGGACGCAGAGAUGCACAACCUAGCCAAGAGCUAUUUGGCUGAACUGAUCAAAAAAGAAUGCUGGAAAUCCAUGGUGGUGAAAGGUCGAGCUCUUAAGUGCUUUCACAUCCCCUAUGUGGUUGAGAACUUCCCCAUGAGAGGGCGCACCGAUGAAGAGCAGAAAGAAUUGGAGAGAGUUCUGCAGCAAAAGAAGAUUGAAGCAGAGUGUCUGAAACUACGAAAGGAAGUUGUAGAGGUUCAUUCUGCAAUUAGCUUGGUUAAAAAGCAUCAUGAAGAGGAUGAUGAUGAAGAGGAAGAAGAAGACAAGAUAGCAAAACAGGCCAAUUUGCCCAAUUACCUUCUCGGGAGUCUGAGUACUGAUUUUGGGGUAGAUACCUCGUUGCUGACAAACCAAUUGGAACUUCAUUCCAGAGAGGAGAAAAUUAACCAAAUUAUAUUACUAAAAGAUAUCAUUUACAAGGUAAAAACUGCUUUCAAUAGUGAGUUUGAUGCCGCGUAUAAACAAAAAGUGUUCGAAAUUGCACGCGUGAAGGAAAGAAAUGUUAGAAUUCAAGAAAUUAUUUUAGAUCUGGAGUUGGAAGAAAAAGUCUGGCGACCAGAAUUUGAGGACUGUGAGAUGCCAGAGCGAACACUCGUUGUGGAAAAUGAGGAGAUCACAGCUCGCAAACACGUUAAUCCCUGGCAAAAAGCCAAAGCGGAAUUGAUUACAAUCCGCGAAGUGGAGCGUCGGCUUCAGUCUCAGAGCACCGACACGAGACGCCGAGCCCUGAAUGACAUGAUGGGAGGUGUUCUGGAAGUGAAGAAGGAAGACAUUUUGAGAAUGGUGAUUCCGCAGCCUCCUUUCAUGACAAAACCUGAUGCCUUGUGGACCGAAGAGGAAAGGAAACAAUUCAAAGAUUAUGAGAAAAAAGUCAAGGAGUUAAAUGAAGAAAGAGAUAAGUACAGAAAGUCAUUAGAAGCAGAAUUGAAGAAACUUCAAAACUCUAUUCAAGAAAGCACACAGAACUUUGAUGAACAUUUGAAAAGACUCUUUGAAAGAAGAGUAAAGGCAGAGAUGGUUGUCAACCAGGAGGAAUUGAAAAUAAAUAACCUUGUUUUUUCUUUACUGUUGGAUGAAGAAUUAAGCUCCAGAGAACUAUUCUUGAACAACUACCUUGCAAAGCAGCAGCAGGAGAAAAGCCAGACUUCAGAAGCCGUCCGGAAAUCUAGAGAAGACCUGGAUGUGUACAGGGAACAGUACGACAACUUACUGGCAGAAGACAAAAAGGAAGACAUGUCCCAGCACAGGAUUCACAAGCAUAAAACACACACAGAAACAACCAGUAUUGUCCCUUUUGGAGAACGACCAGGAUCUGGCAAGUUGAAUAAGGACAACUUUGCCCAGUUAAUGAAGGCCAUGGACGAGUUGGACAAUAUUAAUAACAUGCCAGAAGGCUUGGACCCGUUGGUCUGGGAUCAUUUCUGCACAACCAGACGAGCAAAAGUGGAAAAUGAACAGAAAGUAAAGCAGAAAGCAGCUGGCUUAAUGGAAAUGGUGGCUUUCCUCCGGAAGAGAGUUGAGGAGGAUGAAAAGGUGCAACAGGAGAUUGAGAAAGUGUUCCAUGAACUCAUCCUAAUCAUAUUAUUUGAAUACCAAAUGUACUUUUUUAAGACUCAAGGACAAAAGAAAGUUGCUAGCAUGAUGGAAAGUAAAGAGGUACACAAAGGAAUAUUUCAGAUUGAAUGGGAGCAUAAGAAAAUGGAGAUGGAAAUGGAAGAUCUAAAUCAAAAGGCUUGGGAUAUUCAAAUGCUGUUUUUCUCAAGAGAUCGUCAAAAGUUGUUUACAUUUGCUACCACCACUUCUUCAUGA